CAUCCAGACUCCUAUAUGUACCACUCCGGAGCCCGGCUAUACACUCCAGCAGCAGAGCCACCGCCCAGGCAGGAACACAACUCCGGCGAGCUCCCAUAUUAUAUAAGUCACCUGCCUUUCUACACCCUCUCUUUUGGCCUGUUCCCGCUCCUACUCGCCGUCGUAUCCGCUUCGCGCGCGACUAGUCUAGCCGAUCGACCUUUCUUGCCUUCUCGUCGCGCGGCGGCCACGGCGGUCUGCGAGAUGGAGGUGGCGGGGACCGGAGCGGCGACGCCGUCGCACGCGUCCGUGGUUGACACGGACGACUUCGACCUGUCGCGGCUGCUGAACCACCGCCCGCGGAUCAACGUGGAGCGGCAGCGGUCCUUCGACGACCGCUCGCUCGGCGACCUCUACCUCUCCGCCAUGGACGGCCGCGGCGCCGGCGGGUACAUGGACAGCUAUGAGAGCAUGUACUCCCCGGGCGGCGGGCUCCGUUCGCUCACCGGCACCCCCGCCUCCUCCACGCGGCUCUCCUUCGAGCCCCACCCGCUGGUCGGCGACGCCUGGGACGCUCUCAGGCGCUCGCUUGUCUGCUUCCGGGGCCAGCCCAUCGGCACCAUCGCCGCCGUCGACAGCUCCUCCGGCGAAGUCCUCAACUACGACCAGGUGUUCGUGAGGGAUUUCGUGCCGAGCGCGCUGGCGUUCCUGAUGAACGGGGAGCCAGAAAUCGUGAAGAACUUCCUGCUCAAGACGCUGCUGCUGCAGGGGUGGGAGAAGAGGAUCGACCGGUUCAAGCUGGGCGAGGGCGCCAUGCCGGCGAGCUUCAAGGUGCUCAAGGACCCGAAGCGCGGGGUGGACACCCUGGCGGCGGACUUCGGCGAGAGCGCCAUCGGCCGCGUGGCGCCGGCCGACUCCGGGUUCUGGUGGAUCAUCCUGCUCCGCGCCUACACCAAGUCCACCGGCGACCUCACGCUGGCCGAGACGCCCGAGUGCCAGAAGGGCAUCCGCCUCAUCAUGAACCAGUGCCUCGCCGAAGGCUUCGACACCUUCCCCACCCUCCUCUGCGCCGACGGCUGCUGCAUGAUCGACCGCCGGAUGGGCGUCUACGGUUACCCGAUCGAGAUCCAAGCCCUGUUCUUCAUGUCGCUGCGGUGCGCGCUGCUGCUGCUGAAGCCGGAGGCGGAGGGGAACAAGGACAUCAUGGAGCGGAUCGUGACGCGGCUGCACGCGCUGAGCUACCACAUGCGGACCUACUUCUGGCUCGACUUCCAGCAGCUCAACGACAUCUACCGGUUCAAGACGGAGGAGUACUCCCACACGGCCGUCAACAAGUUCAACGUCAUCCCGGAGUCCAUCCCAGACUGGCUCUUCGACUUCAUGCCCUCCCGCGGCGGCUACUUCGUCGGCAACGUCAGCCCCGCCAGGAUGGACUUCCGCUGGUUCGCGCUCGGGAACUGCGUCGCCAUCCUCGCAUCGCUCGCCACGCCCGAGCAGGCCGGCGCCAUCAUGGACCUCAUCGAGGAGCGGUGGGAGGACCUCAUCGGCGAGAUGCCGCUCAAGAUCUGCUACCCCGCCAUCGAGGGACACGAGUGGCAGAACGUCACCGGCUGCGACCCCAAGAACACCAGGUGGAGCUACCACAACGGAGGCUCAUGGCCUGUUCUGAUCUGGCUCCUGACGGCGGCCUGCAUCAAGACCGGGCGGCUCAAGAUCGCGAGGCGAGCGAUCGAUCUGGCGGAGGCGAGGCUGGCGAGGGACAGCUGGCCGGAGUACUACGACGGCAAGCUAGGCCGGUACGUCGGGAAGCAGGCGAGGAAGCACCAGACGUGGUCCAUCGCGGGCUACCUGGUGGCCAAGAUGAUGCUGGAGGACCCGUCCCACCUGGGCAUGAUCUCCCUCGAGGAGGACAAGGCCAUGAACCCUGUGCUCAAGAGGUCUGCCUCAUGGACCGUGUGAGAUGAUGAUCGAUGCAUGCCACUUGGUGCCAACUUGACGCGCGUGAUGUUGGUCAGGAUUCAGGAACGUGGAGGGGAAGGAAGAAACAACAUGUUGAUUUUCAGUUCGUUUUCAGGCUUAGCAAAGCUCUUCUCUACAUCAUUCAUUACCUUCUUAUCGAAAAUACAUAAUUGCUAGAAAGCGAAUUUUCCCGUAA